GAUGAGUAUGAAAUCGCGCCAAAGAGCUGUCACAUUGUUUAAAUCAAAAUAAAUGUUGUGCAGAGCCGAUGUUUUAUUUCGCUUGUUUCCAUUGUUUGAUGUGCAGCUGUUCAGAAUAGUCAAAAAUUUUGUGUUUGCAUUGAAAAUCGAUUGAAAAACGGUGUAAUAAACUUGUUUAAAAAACGACAAAGAUUUCAUUAAAUCUGCAUAGAGUGAUCUACAUUUGUUUGUGUAGAAAUAAAAAGUACUGUUACGAUUGACGAGCCGUGUGCGUGAUAAAGGAAAGCAAAGACGAUAUACACACAAGCAUAUUUGAGUAGCGGUGCGAGCGAAACAACAAAUCCAAUUGACGAGCGUGCACUUGUAUGCAAAUUGAAACACACAAUGGCAAAUAAAUUCAUGAACGCAACACUUGAAGAAGGCGAACUCGAGCAGUCUGUGUGCAGCCUUGCCGAGAAAUCGUGGUACGAAGAGUGUGAAGAAGCCGAACGAGCAAUGACAAAUCGUACAAGUGAUAGUUGUAUGGCGGUCGACGCGUCGACCCGUGAUACGGCCAAUGGCUCGUUUACCGAGGCAAAAGAUGCCAGCGGCAGUGAGCAUUCGACCAGUGGUGAUCGCGAGAUUUUGGUCGCAUUUUUGGAAGCAUCCAACGAAGCCAAGUUUGAGCGAUUGGUGAAAGAGGAAAAGAUUAAAACAUCAUUCAAACGCUGCUUGUCACCCACUUCGGCAUCCAAUUCAUCCGAUUCAAAGCGUACUACUAGCUCACCAUCCGAUGAUAAGGAGGAUCGCAAACGUGAUCUGUCGUCAGACUCAUCCAGCGACCGGUCGGCCAGUUCCGCCGGUAAACGGGCCCGCGAACUCGAAACCGAUGAAUCCAUUUUGGACCGAAGACAAAAGCAAAUCGACUACGGAAAAAAUACAAUCGGCUACGAUGUGUACGUGAAACAGGUUCCAAGAGAAAAGCGAACGACCGAGCACCCAUGGACACCGCAAAAGAAUUUAAAGUACAGUCGUCGUGCGUUUGAUGGUUUGGUGAAGAUAUGGCGUAAAAAAUUGCAUUGUUACGACCCGUCCAACAUGAGCCAUUCCGGAGCAACAGAUGAGAAAUCGGGCAAAAGCGUUUAAUUGUCACCGAAAAUAGAAACAAAAUAUUCCCAUUUUAUUUCUGCGUAGAAAUUUUCAUAUGUAAAGAAUAAGCAAAUAGUUUAAUGUUUCAAAACUACGAUUUAUGAAUUAAAUAAGCAGAAAAUGUUCAAUACCACCUCAGCAAAAAGAAAGCCACUUACUUAUUAAGCGAAUAAAAUAUUGCAGCCUCAAAUCCUUGCUAAAAAUAAAAAAACAAAAUCAAAUUCAACUCGUACAACAAAAAAAAGAAAAAUCGAAUUGAACAUGUUCAUUUUCCAUUUAAAUUUGUAAUUAAAAUUUUAAUUUAUUUCUAGAA